UAAAAAAACAAAAGAUCAUUAGUGUUUAGACUGUUGGCUGCUCAACUCAAUCUUUUGUAUUUUUUUUACGAUUCCAUGAUUUUUUAAGCUUCAAAUAAUUACAUAAAAUUUGGAUUGCUAAUAAUUAUUUCCCACAUUAUCACAAUGAAAUUGAAAAAUUAUUUAAUAUUAGCAACUUAUUUUUUAGUUCAAAAUACCGCGAGGUCAAUAAAUGUUACGGAUAUUUACAGUUUAAGAAAAAUUGAAUUUUUCAUGAAUAAUAUCCACAGUAAAGGGUAUACUGAUUACGAAUUCAGAAACGUGACGAUGGAUAACGAGGGAAUAAACAGAAUAAUUAGAAUAAUUAUCAACGAUUUAAUAAACGUACUGGAGGAUUUAAAUAAAAUAUCAAGUGAUUCACGUUACGAUGAUAAGUCUCGGGAUUUAUUUAAUUUCAUUGCUAAAUUAGACCACUAUAGAAUUAUGACAGGACGUUCUUUGACAUCAAAACUUACAAUUAAGCUGCACAGCAUUUUUGACAUGAAGGAAACAAUAAAUUCAUUCGUCAGAUCAUUGUUUCAAUUAAAUGACAAUAAUUAUUUUAACAGUCCGAUUAAUUAUUGCCCAUUUGUGACAAAUAUCACACAAGUUAUUCGAUUCCAAUAUCGGAUUGAUACUAUUAUUAAGGAAUAUGAAGCUUUUGUUGACUUUCUUGAGGGAAAAAUGGAUAAAGAAUCACAUCAUAACUUUUGUGGCCAAACAAGUUCAUUCAAUCGAGAAAUAUAUGAAUUUUACUCUCAAAUAAUUGCAACUUAUCUCAAAGAAUUUAUAAUGCUUUACUAUAUUGACAUUAUGGAAAGAAGAUGUCUCAAUCAAAAGCCUACUAUAGAAUUAAGUACUAGCAAAGCAAGUUUGAUAACCAAAUUAAGUGAGCCAAUAGAUUUAACCAAAUAUUUGCUGCAAGACAGUGAACAUUAUAUGUACAGAUGUGAUGCAACUAAUUACCACAGUUUAAUUGCACCGAAGUAUUACGAAUUAGAAAGAAUGAUCCAAAUGGUAAUAAUUGAAGAACAAAAUUUAAGUUCAAGUGGGUCUUGUACUCAUAAUUGUAAUUUGAAUGAUAUUAAUGACACAAUAAAUUAUGGCGAAUGCAAAGAAUAUCGUGAUUGUCAAUACAUAAACAGUGAUUAUGAGAUAUGUGAAUCGUCCGGACUAGAUUAUAAUUCACGGCAUUACGAGUGGGUCAAAAACAGUAACGGAACUAUUUUUGGUGAUGAUAGUACGGAAGAGUGUGAAGGCACAAUAAAAUUGUUAUCCAGUUACUACAAUGCCAGCGAAAACAGUUCUUGCGAUCAUUGUUUGUGCACUUGCAUCAGAAAACCUCAAAGCUCUAGCAGAAUUGUCACGGCCAUCAGUUUCAGAGAACAAGUCACUAAUAUUGAUGACAACAUGAUUGCUAUAGGCGUUAGAUUCAUUAAGAAAGAUGGCCUGAUCCAUAUACAGUUGAAGGAAGGGAAGCUUAAACCCAAGACUUCUGAUAAAAGCACGUGGAAGGAAUUGGAAAAUUUUGCUUAUGAUGAGAAAACUGGGACAUUUAAUAUUCUGUAUGCUAAUUAUACUAAGACUCCCGCGAAGUUAGGAGUCGAUUAUGGACAUCCGGAAACGAUUAAUUUUGAUGAUUUGAUUGCGCCCGAAGGCUACGGGGUUACUGGAGUCAGAUUUAGAUUUGCUGGGGACUUGAUUGGCAGGGUUCAGUUGCAAAUUCGAGUAACGCCUUUUGAUUAUAUUGCUGGCGAACUGAUUCAUCGUGAUCGAACCCAUUGGAUUGCUCAGGAGUCAAAGGAUUUGAGGCGUCAAUUGGAUCUGCAUGAUCCAGAUAACCCAACUAAGACACGCGGUAAUGUUAUUGACUCAGAGACAGAUCAGUUUAUUGAAUUCCGUGCUUCGGAUUUGAAAAAAGACGCUGGGCAAUCAACGGUUCCAUUCUUCGAUGCUCAAAGUGUUGAAGGUGAUCCCGAAUUUCCGUUAGGGGGAGUUGGAAUCAUGCAUCGCGGUCAUAAAGGCUAUGGCGGAUUCUUGGCAUUAAGAAUUUUUGAUUUGAAUCUGUCUCAAUACUUCAAUGAUAAAUUAUAAUUUCGGCGACGAUGAAUAUUCAAUUCAUUAGAUGAUUAUUAACUUCAAUAUGAAUUUUUGGUCCAUUUUUUAUAUGGAAUAUUCGUUACAAUGUCGAUAGUUCAUAAAAAUUAUCAAAAAUUAAUAAUCGUUUUAUGAGCUGAAUUUUUAUAUAUAGAAAUCCUUGAAAAAUUCAUGUACUUUUAAUAUUUUUAUGGAAGUUGAAAAU